CCGGCCCCGAAGCUCCGCCAGCCGCCGCCAUGAGUAGCUUUGGAGCUGGCAAAACCAAAGAAGUUAUCUUCAGCAUGGAGGAGGGCUCUGUGAAAAUGUUCCUGAGGGGGCGCCCCGUGCCCAUGCUGAUUCCGGACGAGCUGGCUCCCACCUACAGCCUGGACACCCGCUCCGAGCUGCCCUCCAGCCGUCUCAAGCUGGACUGGGUCUAUGGCUACCGUGGCCGAGACUGCCGGGCCAACCUUUACCUGCUGCCCACUGGGGAGAUAGUGUACUUCGUGGCCUCCGUGGCCGUGCUGUACAGUGUGGAGGAGCAGAGGCAGCGGCAUUACCUGGGACACAACGAUGACAUCAAAUGCCUGGCUGUCCACCCUGAUAUGGUCACCAUUGCUACUGGACAGGUGGCAGGCACCACGAAGGAGGGGAAGCCACUACCACCCCACGUGCGCAUUUGGGACUCAGUUUCCCUUUCCACCUUACAUGUGCUGGGCCUGGGGGUGUUUGACAGAGCUGUGUGCUGUGUGGGCUUUUCCAAAUCUAACGGGGGCAACCUGUUGUGUGCAGUGGAUGAAUCCAACGAUCACAUGCUGUCCGUGUGGGACUGGGCCAAGGAGUCCAAGGUGGUGGAUGGCAAGUGUUCCAACGAGGCCGUGCUGGUGGCCACCUUCCACCCCACAGACCCCACCCUGCUCAUCACCUGUGGGAAAUCCCACAUCUACUUCUGGAGUCUGGAAGGGGGCAGCCUGAGCAAGCGGCAGGGCCUCUUUGAGAAACACGAGAAACCGAAGUAUGUGCUGUGUGUGACCUUUUUGGAAGGCGGCGACGUGGUCACCGGAGACUCUGGGGGGAACCUCUAUGUCUGGGGCAAAGGUGGGAAUCGCAUCACACAGGCAGUGCUGGGCGCCCACGAUGGCGGUGUGUUUGGGCUCUGCGCCCUGCGGGACGGGACGCUGGUGUCCGGAGGGGGCCGUGAUCGUCGGGUGGUCCUCUGGGGUUCUGACUACAGCAAGCUGCAGGAGGUGGAGGUCCCUGAGGACUUCGGCCCAGUGCGCACCGUGGCGGAGGGCCGGGGGGACACGCUGUAUGUGGGCACCACCCGCAACUCCAUCCUCCAGGGCUCUGUCCACACCGGCUUCUCACUGCUCGUCCAGGGCCACGUCGAAGAGCUGUGGGGCCUGGCCACGCACCCCAGCCGGGCACAGUUUGUGACAUGCGGGCAGGAUAAGCUGGUGCAUCUGUGGAGUGUGGAGUCCCACCAGCCCCUGUGGAGUCGGGUCAUUGAGGACCCUGCCCGCUCUGCUGGCUUCCACCCCAGUGGCUCUGUCCUGGCCGUGGGCACGGUGACUGGCAGAUGGCUGCUCCUGGACACGGAGACCCAUGACCUGGUGGCUAUCCACACGGAUGGCAAUGAACAGAUCUCAGUGGUCAGCUUCUCUCCAGACGGGGCGUACCUGACCGUGGGCUCCCACGACAACUUGGUGUACGUGUACACGGUGGACCAGGGCGGCCGCAAGGUCAGCCGCCUGGGCAAGUGCUCGGGCCAUUCCAGUUUUAUCACCCACCUGGACUGGGCCCAGGACAGCAGCUGCUUUGUCACCAACUCGGGGGACUACGAGAUACUGUACUGGGACCCAGCUACCUGUAAGCAGAUCACUAGUGCAGAUGCUGUGAGGAACGUGGAAUGGGCCACAGCCACUUGUGUCCUGGGAUUUGGGGUGUUCGGGAUCUGGUCCGAGGGAGCAGAUGGUACUGACAUCAAUGCCGUGGCCCGCUCCCAUGACGGGAAGUUGCUGGCUUCAGCUGAUGACUUUGGCAAAGUCCACCUGUUCAGUUAUCCCUGCUCUCAGCCCCGAGCCCUCAGCCACAAAUACGGCGGACACAGCAGCCAUGUGACAAACGUGGCCUUCUUGUGGGAUGACAGCGUGGCCCUGACCACGGGGGGCAAGGACACCAGUGUGCUGCAGUGGCGGGUGGUCUGAAGUGGGGAAGGAGAGUCCCAGGGAUGUGGGGCCAGGGGAGAGUCAGGGGGCAGGGCCGGAGUUCUAUUUUCGGGAGAUGUCUAUUGCCGAGUAGAGUAAUAUAUACCCAGAGUACGUCUAUAGCAGGGGGGUUCCAGGGGCGGGGGGGUGGACAGACAGAAGUCUCUUAUUUAUCAGGGUGGGUAAAGGGGCCACAUUGCUUUGGGGGAGCCAUUAAGGUGUUUGAGUUGGAGUGUUUUUUUUAAGUUCAUUCUUUUAUAUCAUCCAGAAAUAAAGACACAUGCACUGAC